GAUCAACAUGGCCGACGCACCCCGGACUGUACUGAUCUCAGGCUGCUCCUCGGGAAUUGGGCUGGAGCUUGCAGUGCAGCUGGCUCAUGACCACAGGCAGCGCUACCAAGUGGUGGCCACCAUGAGGGACCUGGGAAAGAAGGAGACACUGGAGGCAGCUGCUGGGGAAGCUCUGGGGCAGACCCUCACCGUGGCCCAGCUGGACGUGUGCAGUGACGAGUCAGUGGCCCAGUGCCUCAGCGGCAUCCAAGGAGGGGAAGUGGAUGUGCUGGUGAAUAAUGCUGGAGUGGGCCUGGUGGGGCCCCUGGAGGGGCUCAGCCUAGCUGCCAUGCAGAACGUCUUUGAUACCAACUUUUUCGGGGCUGUCCGUCUGGUCAGAGCUGUCCUUCCUGGCAUGAAGAGAAGGCGAAAGGGCCACAUUGUGGUGGUCAGCAGUGUCAUGGGACUGCAGGGUGUGGUGUUCAAUGAAGUCUAUGCAGCCUCCAAGUUUUCCCUGGAGGGAUUCUUCGAAAGUCUGGCUGUCCAGCUGCUGCAGUUCAACAUCUUCAUCACCCUGGUGGAACCUGGCCCAGUGGUCACUAACUUUGAGGGGAAGCUCCUGGAGCAGGUUUCCACAGCCGAGUUCCCAGACACUGACCCUGACACCUUGCACUACUUCCGGGAUUUCUACCUCCCUGCCUCCAGGGAGCUCUUUCACUCUGUAGGACAGAGCCCACAGGAUGUAGCCCAGGUCAUUGUCAAAGUCAUCAGCUCCACCAGACCACCCCUGCGCCGACAGACCAACGCCCGCUACACCCCACUGAUUGCGCUCAAGACUGUAGACCCCUCAGGCAGCCUGUAUGUACGCACUACCCACUGCCUGCUCUUCCGCUGGACACGCCUUCUCAACAUUGGCCUUCGAUGUCUGGCCUGUGGCUGCCUCCGCUUCCGAAUAUGGCCCCGGAAUAUAUGAAGUGAAGCACACAUGUGCUAGAGGUCUUUGGAGUGCCAGUAGGAGGCCUCAGUAGGAGCUGAGAGGCAGGGAGGAGAAAGACCAGAGUAUUUCUCCCCUAGGCUCCCUCCAUGGGGGUCUCCGUGUAUUAGCAGCAUCUCUCCAUCCAUCCAAGGCCCCAGCUCCAGUUUCUGAAAACCACUCCCUCCCUAUGCCCCCUUCAGCCAGUGAUGGUGUUGGGACCCCCACAAUUGCCAUCAGGAUGACACUGCACUAUCUUCCCUAGGGAUACACACCUUCUGUCUUCCCCUUUACAAUUGCCCCUGUCUUCAUUGAUCUCCAAAUUACCCACUUUGAAUAUAUUAUCUUUUUCCAUCCGGGACUCUGACAGACCCAGUGUAUUCAUGUGAAAGAGCCAGGGAGCAAAACGCACGCAGACUAGCUCACCGUCAGACUCCACCAUUAGAACGGUACUGAUAUUUGCUGCCUGCCUUACCCCGAAGGUCUCCACAAUCCCGAUUUCUAAGUCCAACAUUAUCUUGUUUUUCAAGAAACUCCCUUAUGUAAAUUAUUUCGAAAGACUAAUUUGGGAUGCC